UAUCUAGAAACGUUCUCAGUUCUCAGAAAAUACGAGAAAAUUUCAGGUUAUGGCAGUCGAUUUAGGAUUCAAUCUCACGUUUAUUUGACAUUAGAUACAUCAAUUUAAUAUUAAAACGCUGUGAAGUCUCUUUAUUAGAAAAUCAGCACGUCUAAUUGCCAUUCUGUGCAUUUUGCAGGACAUUUACCAUAUAAUUGAUCGUAAAAAGUGCGUUUAAUUUGUUGUCGAUUGUUUGCAUUAAAUUAUGGCUAAAUGGGGCGAAGGCGAUCCACGCUGGAUUGUGGAGGAAAGACCAGAUGCAACGAAUGUUAAUAAUUGGCAUUGGACUGAGAAAAAUGCAAGUCCUUGGUCUAAAGAUCGCUUAAAAGAAUUAUUGAAGAAUCUAAAAAUUGAACGGGACGACAUGUCUUGCGUCAUUAGCGAAGUGGAGACGUUAGAAGGCGAAGCAUCCGCAAAUAAUAGAAAAGGUAAAUUGAUUUUCUUCUACGAAUGGGAUAUUGUGUUAAAAUGGCAAGGCACUGUUGGUGAUGGUGAAAGCAUUGAAGGCAAAGUUAAAAUUCCUAAUUUGUCCGAAGAGAAUGAUGUGUCCGAAGUAGAUAUAUCAAUUUCAGUUAAAUCUACUGGUUCUGACGCCGAUAAACUCAAGACUUUCAUGUACAAUGUUGGACGUGAAGAAAUACGCAACAAACUCGGUUUGUAUGUAAGUUCUUUGAAAGAAGAAUUUUCUAAAGGCAUGAUACUACCAAGAAAGGAUGACCCUAAAAUCAAACCUGAUGCCGUAUCUAGUAUUACCAGUGGAUUUAAUAAAAAAAUUGAUAUGGUACCUAUUGAAUCCAAUAAAUCAUCUCCCUGCACUAUUGAUGUUACUACUAUAAAUCUCAAACAUAAAUUUCAAUGUAAAGCACAAGAAUUUUAUGAUGCCAUGACUAGGAUAGAAAUGGUGACAGCGUUCACAAGAGGCGCUGUACAAUUAGAUGCUUCCAAAGGUGGUAAUUUUAAAAUGUUUGGCGGUAAUAUAACUGGAACUUUCCAGGAAUUGGUGCCAGCUAAAAAAAUAGUGCAGACCUGGAGAUACAAACAGUGGCCUGAAGGGCAUCAUUCCAAAGUUACAAUUGAUAUUGAUGAGAAAACCGAUCAUACUGAAGUAACCAUUACACAAGUAGGUGUUCCUAAAUCUGAAGUUGAAAUCACGACUGCUAAUUGGGAACGGUAUUACUGGGAGAGCAUGAAACGAACAUUCGGAUUUGGGGCCUUCUUCACAUAGACACAAGAGACGAUUAUUCUAGCUUUGAAUUAAUUUAUAACAGAUAAUAUUAAAUACAUUUUGAAAAUGUUUGGUAUCAAAUUAUUGAUAUGUCAAUGUUCUUGCUAAUAUGUUAUAGUAAUGUAUUGCAAAUAAAAUAAAC